AUGUCCAUCAAGCGGGCAUUGUCCAAAAUCAAGCCGAAACUUGAAGAUGCCUCCCUCCCCUCGCUACCCGGCUCCAAGGGCUCCGGCUCGUCCAACUCCCGGACCGCCUCCCCUCGUCGUAACAUCCUUAGCGGUUUCCUUCGUGAUAGGGACUAUGCUUCCUCUUCCGAUGAGGUCUCGGAUGAUUCGUUGCCCACUGCGGCCGGUGCGAUGAGCAAGAACCAGCAGAAACGUCUCGCCCGCCGCCAGAGGAAGAGCGAGCAACGCUCUCGGAUGAGUGAGGACAUUGGCUCAUCCGAGUCUGAGCAUCGCCACAAGGAAGAAAUCAGCAAAGCGAUCCGUGAAGAGACCCCGGAGAUGAGGGGUCGGUAUGGCGACUUGCCCCUGCUGCAGUCGGGUUCCCGAGAACGAGAACAGCGCCUCGAUUUUGACAACAUCUCUGCGGACAUGGUUGGACAACAGGUAUUCUUUACGGCUAGACUGCACAUAAUCCGCCGAAUGAGUGCGAAGCUGGUUUUCUUGGUCUUCCGACAACAGCUGUCGACCUUUCAGGGUGUCCUUCACGAGACGCCUGGUGUGAAGUCCAUUGCUAUGGUUCAAUGGGCUGAGCACUUGAGGACCGGGUCCAUCGUCCGGGUCCGCGGCACCAUCCAGGCUCCUGACGUUCCCGUCUUGGGGUGUACGGUUCAUGACGUUGAAGUUUCAAUUGACGAGGUUCAUCUUGUCGUGCGUCGCGAGGACCCUGUUCCUUUUAGUAUCUAUGAGGCAGAGAUACGCACUCCGGAGGAAGACCUGGUCGAAGGCCGCCGUAGCCAUAUUUCGGAUCGCACCCGCCUGACAAACCGGUUGCUUGAUUUACGAACACCCACCUCCCAGUCUAUUUUCCGAGUCCAGUCCGCCGUUGGAAACCUCUUCCGAACUGCUCUGGAUGAGCAAAGUUUCAUAGAGAUCCACACACCGAAGCUGCAAGGAUCUGCAACGGAAUCUGGUGCUAGCGUCUUCGAAGUCAGCUAUUUUGGGCGCGAUGCUUUCCUGGCACAGAGCCCCCAGCUUGCCAAACAAAUGGCCAUUGCAGCAGACUUCGGUCGUGUGUAUGAGAUCGGAGCGGUUUUUCGCGCGGAGAACUCCAACACUCAUCGCCACUUGACAGAGUACACAGGCUUGGAUAUUGAGAUGGCGAUUGAAGAGCACUACCAUGAGAUGCUGGAAGUGUUAGAUGGAGUGAUCAAGAAAAUCAUGGAAGGAAUCUAUGGGCGUUUCCGCCGAGAGAUCGAGAUCAUCAAGCAUCAAUUUCCCUCCGAAGAUCUUGUUUGGCUCGAUGAGACCCCGGUCAUUAAAUUUGCCGAAGGCAUCAAGAUGCUCAACGACUCAGGAUGGCGGGAUGAUGAAGGCAACCCACUGCCCGAAGACCAGGACCUUAGCACUCGAGACGAAAUACGUCUCGGUGAAUUAGUCAAGGAGAAGUACAAGACUGACUAUUACGUCCUUGAUAAAUUCCCUGUCGAUGCCCGUCCAUUCUAUGCGAUGCCCGAUCCAAAUGAUCACCGGUACACGAACUCGUUUGAUAUGUUCAUUCGUGGUCAAGAAAUCGUAUCUGGUGGCCAACGUAUUCACGACCCUCACAUGCUGGAAGAAAAUAUGCGUCGAGUGGGCAUAAACCCGGACUCGAUGGAGGAAUACAUGGAGGGUUUCCGCUGGGGAGCACCGCCACACGCGGGCGCCGGAAUUGGUCUGGAACGGAUGCUGAUGCUCAUUCUCAAGUUGGGCAAUAUCCGUCUUGCGUCCCUCUUCCACCGCGACCCUAAGAGCUUCCCCGCUAAACCCCCCGUCCUCCAACUGCGACACCCAGAGUCGUCGACUGUCGACCCGCCUUGGGUUAAGGAGAAGAGGGGCGCAAUAGCGGCUAGGGAAAGUGACCUGCAGCCGAUGGAGCAUUUGAUCGCCAACUACGGCGAUGCCACUUCGACGUCUUGGGGCGACGAACGCUUUAAAAUUUGGCGUGAUAUGGCCACUGGCGCUGCAGUCUCAUAUGUAGUCAGCAGCAACAAUUACGUCGUGAUCCCGGGUAACCCCUUGUGCGACGCCAGACAAUAUAAUCGGAUCAUUAGCCAGUUCCUGCAAUGGCUACGCCGUGAAACAAAGUACAAGCCAAUCUGGCUUCUUUGCUCUCCGGAAGUCGAGGCUGUUCUCGGAGAGAAACUCGGCUGGCGCAGCUUGUCCUGCAUUGCCGAAGAAGUGGUGGAACCCUCUCGCAACCAAGCUGCUAUGGACGGAGAGCUUGCUCGGAAGAUUCGACGCACAGAGAACGAGGGGAUCAAGAUUGUAACUCAGAACCAGGGUGAGAUGGUGCCCGAUAGCGUUCGCGAGGCGAUCGAUAAACGGAUCCAAGAUUGGAAGGGGAACCGUAAGGGUGCGCAAGUGCAUCUUUCGGAGAUCCAUCCAUGGCGCGAUCAUGAACACCGUUGGUAUUUCUAUGCGGUCGACAAAGAAGGGACAAUCUGUGCCUUUGUCGCCCUGGUUCUGAUCUCGCCUACCUACGGGAUGCAGGUGAAGUACAGCUUUGACUUCCCAGGCUCUCCGAACGGCGUUAUCGAGUCUCUCAUCACCCAUGCUAUCCAAACAGCCGGCCGCGGCGGCGCUAAAAAGCUCACCUUCGGCGCCGGUGCAACCACAACCCUUACCCCAGGCCACAACAUGCAUGGCGCAAAGAUGAAGAUGCUCCAACAUACCUACGACGCCCUCGCAAAGCAAUUCCACCUUGUCCGGAAGAGCGAGUUCCGUGCAAAACUUGGCGCCGUGGACGAGCCGCUCUACAUUGCAUAUCCUCCUCAUGGUCUCGGCCAAAGAGGUAUCCGAGCCGUUCUACACUUUUUCGAAGAUUAA